UUAAUAGUGAUGAGAGAGAUGGGAGAGGCUGCGCGUUCACGGUUCCUUUUCUCGCUUCGCGGCGUCGGGAACGCGCAGUGGAUCCCACACUCGCUGGAGGAAAAAAAGCGCCUUCGGACCGCAACAGCGACUCACCGGGAAAAAUGUUCCCUCCACCGCCCUUCAUCAACGCUGUCGAUGUCUGCAAAAGUCAUGUGAAAGGAUCCGCAACCUAAGAGGACUCGAGUUUUUUUCGAACCUUAAACUUGUUUCAGAGGAUUGGAAACUUCAGGAAGUGAUAAAUAACACACAGGAAUUGAAGUUAACAUUGGACAGGUGCAGAAAAUGGCGAGACAGCUCCUGCAGCUCCUUGCCCUUUGGACUACUGUGGUUGGCAUUGUGCAGUGCUGUCCAGAGCUCUGCAGCUGCCAGGAUAAAUUUGCCCACCAGUUUGCUGAUUGUGCUUACAAAGACCUGCUGGUAGUACCUGUGGGUUUCCCCACCAAUGUUACCACCGUGAGCCUUUCUGCCAAUAAGAUCAAAUUUCUGAAAAGUAAAAGCUUCAUCAGUAUUACACAGGUCUCCUCUCUCUGGCUGGCCCACAAUGAGAUAGUUACUAUAGAAGCAGACACCUUGGCUGGUCUGAUCCAGCUCCGCAACCUGGACAUCAGCCACAACAAAAUUGUGAACUUUCCAUGGGAGGAUCUGCACAACCUCACAGCCCUGCAGCUCCUGAAAAUGAACAACAAUGAGAUGGUGAGCCUUCCAAAGGACGCCUUUUCCACCCUGAAAGACCUGAGGUCGCUCCGCAUCAACAACAACAAGUUUACCACCAUUGUGCAGGGUACCUUCAGUGCUCUCUCCUCCAUGUCCCACCUUCAGAUUUUUAACAACCCCUUCAUAUGCUCCUGCAGCCUGGAGUGGUUAAGGGAUUGGAUCACGACAACCAAGAUUUCUGUCCCUGAUCCAAAUUCCAUUUUAUGUGAUGCCCCUGAACAUCUGAAUGGCACAAUGGUUACAGCGAUUCCCAAACUGGACUGUAAGGCCCCUACUGUCACAAUUACCCAUCAGCCCAACAUUGAGAACACAGAGCUCUAUGAGGGUUCGAUGGUCAUUUUAAAUUGUGAGACAAAAGGGAGCCCCACACCACAGGUCAUUUGGGAGGUGACUGCAGGAAAUCAGAAUUAUCUGUUCCCCUUGCCCUCCACUGGAGAGAUAAAUGAUGUGCCAAUUAAUGAUAAAACAACCAACAAUCGAUUCCUCGUCUUUAGAAACGGCACUCUCAUCAUCCCUCAAUUGAGUAAAAAGGAAGAUGGAAAUUACAGCUGCUCUGCGGUGAAUGAGUUAGGUAAGGCAGAGAGCAAUGUUAAAGUGGAAAUGGCAGCCACCCAAAAACAUGGCAGCAACUCAAAGCUCGAUUUUACAGUGGACAAGAUCCGUCCAUCCGUUAAAAAGCCUGCAGAGCCCAAGAUUUCCAAAAACAAUGUGAUCAACUGGACCAAGCCUGAUGAAAAGACAAAGGACGGUCCUGAAGGUUCAUCGGACAAAAGUGUCGGCACGGGGCAGGACGGCGGCGUUUCAAAGAACCCCACCUUUGCCAGCAAGUGUGGCGUGAGAGAAAGCAGUGAACACAUCUCCAACCACGCCUUCAACCUGAGCUUGGAUGACCUGAAGCAGUACACUUUUGAUUUUGGUGUUAUUGCAUUAGAAGUAUCAGAGACGGAGGCCAAAGUGCAGCUGAAUCCGCUGCAGCUUCCCAGCAGCAAAUCUAACCUUCAUCUCAGUCACACUGAAAACCAGGAAACAGUGAAUAAAGAGGCCAUUGGUCUGUACCAGUCCUCAUCCAGUAAGGCCACCCUGGACAUGCUCUACCUCUGUGUAAAUACAGGUAAUGGACACUCCAUGGUUCAGUGGUCCAAUAUAGAGGAGGGGGUUAAUGCCUACCGCUUCCAUGGUUUACAGCCUGGCACCAAUUACACACUUUGUCUCACCUAUGGGGGGCAGGACUGCCAAGUCCAAGUAGUCUUCACAACUAGGAAGAAAAUCCCCUCCCUGCUUAUCAUCGUGGUUGUCAGCAUUUUCCUACUGGGUCUGGCCACUGUUCCCUUACUGGGGGCCACCUGCUGCCAUUUGUUAUACAAGUACCAUGGGAAGACCUACAAGCUGAUCAUGAAGGCUCAGAAUCCGGAUCAGAUGGAGAAACAAAUGACUGGAGACUUUGAUCGCAGGGCGUCUUUCGUGGAGUCAGAGAAAACCUUCGACCCGAGCGAGUUAGGCGAGGGGGAGGGAGAUGCCGAGGGAGAGGAAGGAGACGUAGAGGCUGAGGGGAGCGUGGUGACAGAGUCCAUCCCCGGAUCCUCAUCCAAAACCAACCAGGAGGAGUUUGAAAUGGGCUCGGAGUACAGUGACAGAUUACCGCUGGGAGCAGAGGCAGUCAACAUCUCGGAGGAGAUCAACGGCAACUACAAGCAGCCAAGCCGCUGAGCUCCACUGACGUCUGCGAGUAUACUGUACAUUUUGUUUACUUUUAAGUAGCCUACAUUCAAGCAGGUAACUCACCCACCAUUACUUCACGUGAACAAGGUUGGCUUCUCAUAAAAACAAAGGUGGAUCUUUUAAUUUUCUUUACCUCAGAAAGUACUCCGUCAAUCACUUGAGAUUGUGAAUUGAUUCAUGUGACAUUUGUAGUCUACUGUAAGGUUAAAAUAAGCAACAUAAGUAUACAAUGCAAGCACAGUUUUCUACAGUUUUAUAAGACCUCAAAACUGUCAGGAAAGCAGCAACAUGUUCCCUUUCUGCAGGACAGACACAGAUAUGGGCACAAAUUGUGCAAACGGCGAUGCGCGGUGCUCGCCGGAGUUUUGCGUAAUUGAAGGCAAAAAAAACCCAAAAAAUAUAUUAAAAAGAAAUCACCGUUUCGGAGAGAACAAAAAAGCAAACAAAACGUGCCAUAUGUUUUAUAGUCAUUUAAAACAAACUGACAUCAGGUACCAAUUGCUCUUUCUUAACUGUGUAAGGAUGAGAACAAAUCUCAUAGUGGCCAAUUACCAUCUCCUCAGGUGUCGGCACUCCGGCUCAACUUGACUCGUCCUGUCGCAGAUUUGGAUGAUGAUAUUUGAUUAAAUGAUACUAGAUGCAGAUAUUUGCUGUCGGUGCUGAGCUGCCUGCUGUCCUGUGAGUCCAAAAAGGGAAAUUUCACUUUCAAUUGUGUGUUGUGCUUAACGAGAAAUCCCAGGUUAUUUACCAACAAAAUGUUGUUUGACGUAUUGUAAGGCUUUAAAAAUGUGCGACUUUAACCUCUUAAUCUACGGGUGCUUGUUAUUAGCCUACUCUCGCUUUUUACAAUGAACGUGUCCAUGGCAUGUCACGCGUAUUUCCUUGUGUGGUUUUUAUUAGUGUAGUCUAGAGGACUUUAGAUGUUACUGUCAACCUGUGAUGUAAAGCCAUGUGAAUUGAAAUUAUUCUUUUUUUUACGACGGAAAGUUUCUAUGAAGCCUCAACUAAAGGGCGCACUGUGUCUGGCGGCUUCACUGUCUUGUAAUUGGAUGCAUAUAGUGACUUUUUGUGAACUGUUGUAAAACGAAACGAAAAACGAAACCCGUGACCUUUAAAGAUUUUUUGAUAUCAUUUUAUGUAAGUGGAAUUAAUAAAACAUGAAACUAUACAGACUA